AUGGAGAAGAGGCUGGCCGAUAUCGAAAAAAAAGUCCAACAGCUUUGGCAGGCCAAGGGCCCAAUCACUUCGAGGAAUGUUGACAGCCACCCAACAGAGGGUGUAGCCCAGGAGCACCAAUCCGAUACGAUGUCUGAACUUGGAGAGAUCGAUUCCUCAGAGAAUGCUGUAGAUGGGAUGGGCACAAUGAACUUAACCGAGGAAGAAGAGUCCGGCUUUUUUGGUAUGCGUGAGAAUCAUGUGAAGGAGUAG